CCAUGUGUUGGCUAUGGAGAAAGGGGCGCCCUUGGGACUGCCUCGCCUGUGCGUGCUGUGGACGGCGGUGCUGUGGGAACUCUGCCCCUGCGGUGCCCGCGCCAACUGGAUGUGAGACUGCUUUUGCAGGUGGCUGGGUAUUGCCUCCUUUGGUGUCCCAGAGAAAUUGGGUUGUGGUAACCUGCCGCUGAAUGGUCACCAAAAAGACCUGUGCAAGAAGAAGCCCUACCUCCUGCACAGCAUCCGAGAAGGAGCACGCUUGGGCAUCCAGGAAUGCCAGAGCCAGUUCAGACAUGAGCGGUGGAACUGUCUACUCUCUCCGGAUACGGUGUCUGCACUUUCUACUAAUCCUUCAUCCAUCUCCAUCUCUCCUGCUUUCUCCAUCUUUGGCUAUGAGUUGAGCAGCGGUACCAAAGAAACAGCAUUUAUCUAUGCUGUGAUGGCAGCUGGCCUAGUCCACUCAGUGACACAUUCAUGCAGUGCAGGGAACAUGACUGAAUGCGCCUGUGACUCCAUGUUACAAAACAGUGGCUUAGCCAGUGAAAGCUGGCACUGGGGUGGAUGUUCUGAUGAUAUCCAGUAUGGAAUGUGGUUGAGCAGAAAGUUCUUAGAUGGUCCUACAAAAAACAUCACUGGGAAAGAUAGAAAUGGAUUGAUAGUCAUGAAUCUGCAUAAUAAUGAAGCAGGAAGACUGGCAGUAGCAAAACUGAUGUCCAUCGAUUGCCGCUGUCAUGGUGUAUCUGGUUCUUGUGCUCUGAAAACCUGCUGGAAAACUAUGUCAUCCUUUGCCAAAGUUGGCAGUUUUUUAAAAGAAAAGUAUGAGAACAGUAUCCAGAUUUCUGACAGACUAAGAAAAAAAAUAUGCAGGAAAGACAAAAGCCAGCGGAAGAUCCCCAUCCACAAAGAAGACCUGCUGUAUAUCAACCGGUCGCCCAAUUACUGUAUGGAAGAUCGCAAACUGGGGGUCUCUGGGACUCAAGGGAGGGAAUGCAACCGCACAUCAGCAGGGCCAGAUGGAUGCAACCUCCUCUGCUGUGGCCGUGGAUAUAACACUCAGGUAGUCAGGCACGUGGAGAGAUGCGAGUGCAAAUUCGUUUGGUGUUGCUACGUACGCUGCAGAAGAUGUGAGACCGUGACUGACAUUCAUACUUGCAAAUGAAAGUAGUUGCCUCACAGUUGAGAGGAAAGCAAAAUAUCUUUCCUGGAUCAAGUGAAAGACAAGAUGAACCUUUUCCCUAGAGUCCAUGGCUGAAGGCUUUUUGUCCUUACUGAAAAAGCAACUUGGAAGAAAUAGCAGUCCUGCUCCAAAAGCAACAAAACACCUGGGGAUUCAGAUUUCAUGAGGAAGUUGCAUACUUGGGUGGUGUAUUUGGGUAAUUCAGUCCACAAUGGCUGUGGAUUUUCAGUAUUUCAAUCACAUGCAGUGCCUUAGUGAAUUUAAUGGCCAAGGAAAUCAGACUAGCUUAGAUGUAACAUUCAGAAGUUAAAAUAAUAUCCAGUGUAAGGCAUCUUGCUUUCCUGUAUUGAGAUAACUUUGUUUAUAGAGCAGCCAUAAAAUCAUUUGCACAGCAGUUUGCAGUUGGGGAUGAGACUGAUGUUCAAGCAAAGCAUCCAAGGCUUGA